GAUCUGGCACCGUUUUGGCAGAGCAGUGGCCAACCUGUUCGCAACCGGGGACAAUGCGCAUUAGGGUUUAGCGGGUUUCGAGCCUGUGGAAUCAGGCAGCAUUAAGUGGUUGUCUCUUAAAGUAUUUUUUCUCUUGGCAGUGACAUCACCCAAAAGAGUGGGGGAACUGUAUGCCUGCAUUCCUGUCAAAAGAAAUCACAGACUUUCAUUUGAAUCAGUCGGUGGAGUUGCGGCCCUACAACCCCCCAAAGAGGGUGGUGAAGGUCAAGAAGACUCAAAUCUCUGUCCUGUUAGAGCCUCGAAGGUCUAUGUCCGGCGCACUGAAGCAUUUAGAAAGACAGAAACAACUCUUUGUCUGCUUUAAGGUCCAGUGCCAGGGCCAGCCGGUGUCAAAGGCUAGGCUGUCUCGUUGGGUCGUGGAGACAAUUCAGCAGGCUUACAGAGGUGCUGGCAUGGUGCAGGCCUUGUGGCAUGGUCCCACCCUCUCAGAGACAGGUGAAGAUGAGUGAUGUGGAGAAAGAGGAGGACAGAACAGAGUCUGCAGUUUUCAGCUCUCUGUCUAUGAAACGUGACCAGUCCAAAGGUUGUCCUCCAGUCUCCAGUAAUAAACCUGGACCCUCAGACAAAAAAAGAAAGAAGAAGAGGAGUCAUGUUUUUGUGGAGGAGCAACUGUCCUGCUGUGUUUUGUGUCAGGAUGUCCUCAAGGAUCCAGUCUCUACCAGCUGCGGACACUGGUUCUGCAGACAGUGCAUCACCUCAUACUGGGACCAGUCUGCUUCAUCAGGAGACUCCUCCUGUCCUCAGUGUGGAAAAAGAUUCAGAACAAGAGCUGGAAUGCAAAUGACCUGUCAGAUCAGCACAGUUCAAAUGGAUGCUGGUCUGCAGGAGGUUUUAGAUGAACAUAAGAUCGUUCUGAAGAGGAGAUGUGAAUGUGUGACUGAGGGAACUGAUGAAACAGGAAGUGGAACCCUCCUCAACAGGAUCUACACUGAGCUCUACAUCACAGAGGGACAGAGUGAAGAGGUUAAUACCCAACAUGAGGUGAGGCAGCUGGAGACAGCCUCCAAGAUGAAGACCCUCCAUGACACUCCAAUCAAAUGCCACGACAUCUUUAAAGCCUUUCCCGAUCAACAGGAACACAUCAGAGUCAUUCUGACAAACGGUGUCGCUGGAAUUGGAAAAACCUUCACAGUGCUGAAGUUCACUCUGGACUGGGCCGAGGGUUUGGAAAACCAAGAUAUCAGUCUGGUGAUUCUGCUUUCGUUCAGGGAGCUGAACUUGAUCAAAGAUGAGCAGUACAGCCUUCUCAAGCUGCUCCAUGUUUUCCAUCCAACAUUACAGAAGGUCACAGCAGAGGACCUCGCUGUCUGUAAAGUUCUGUUCAUCUUUGACGGUCUGGAUGAAAGCAGACUUUCAUUGGAUUUCCACAACAAUGAGGUUGUGUCUGAUGUCACACAGGAGUCAUCAGUCAACUUGCUGUUGACAAACCUCAUCAAGGGGAAUCUGCUUCCCUCAGCUCUAGUCUGGAUAACUUCCCGACCUGCAGCAGCCAAUCAGAUCCCUCCUGCAUGUGUUGACAGGGUAACAGAAGUAAGAGGCUUCACUGACCCGCAGAAAGAGGAGUACUUCAGGAGGAGAGUCAGUGAUGAAGAGCUCUCCAGCAGAAUCAUCUCACACAUCAAGACUUCCAGGAGCCUCCACACCAUGUGUCUAAUCCCAGUCUUCUGCUGGAUCACUGCUACAGUUCUGGAUCACAUGUUGACCACAGAGCAAAGAGGAGAGCUGCCCAAGACCCUGACUGAACUGUACUCACACUUCCUGCUGGUUCAGACAAAGAGGAAGAAGCAGAAGUAUGAUGAGGGACAUGAGACAUGUCCACAGGAGCUGACAGAGGCAGACAGGGACAUUCUCCUGAAGCUGGGGAGGCUGGCGUUUGAACAUCUGGAGAAAGGAAACAUCAUGUUCUACCAGGAAGACCUGGAGCAGUGUGGUCUUGAUGUCACAGAGGCCUUGGUGUACUCAGGAGUUUGUACAGAGAUCUUCAAAAGAGAGUGUGUGAUCUUCCAGAAAUCAGUCUACUGCUUCGUUCAUCUGAGCGUUCAGGAGUUUCUGGCUGCAGUCUACAUGUUCCACUGUUACACCAACAGGAAGACAGAGGUACUGGAGGACUUCCUGAAUGAUGAGGAUGAUAGCGAUGAAAAUUACUGUGAAAACGAUGAUGAUGAUAAUGAAGAUGUGAGGGAAGGUGAUUUUUGGGAGAUGGAUGAUGAUAAUUAUAAUGAAGAGGGGGAGGAAGAUGUUGUUGGGGAGAUGGAUGAUGAUAAUUAUAAUGAAGAGGGGGAGGAAGAUGCUUUUGGGGAGAUGGUUGGUGAUGAUGCUGACAGAGACGUAGGUGAGUUCCUGAGGAGGGUCAUGGAGAAAUCCCUGAAGAGCAAAAAUGGUCACCUGGACCUGUUUGUUCGCUUCCUUCAUGGUCUCUCUCUGGAGUCCAACCAGAGACUGUUAGGAGGUCUGUUGGGUCAGACAGACAACAGUCCAGAAAUCACCCAGAGAGUCAUCAAAAACUUGAAGGAGAUGAGCAGUGAUGAGAUCUCUCCUGACAGAAACAUCAAUAUCUUCCACUGUCUGGUGGAGAUGAACGACCACUCAGUUCAUCAGGAGAUCCAAGAGUUCCUGAAGUCAGAGAACAGAUCAGAGAAGAAACUCUCUGAGAUCCACUGCUCAGCUCUGGCCUACAUGCUGCAGAUGUCAGAGGAGGUUUUGGAUGAGUUGGACCUGGAGAAAUAUAACACAUCAGAGGAGGGACGACUGAGACUGAUUCCAGCUGUGAGGAACUGCAGAAAGGCUCGACUUUAUAACUGUGGACUCUCAGAGACUCACUGUGAAGUUGUGGCCUCAGCUCUGAAGUCCAGCCCCUCCCAUCUGACAGAGCUGGACUUGAGUUACAACAAGCUGUAUGAUCCAGAAGUGAAGCUACUUUCUGCUGGACUGGAGAGUCCACACUGUAGACUGGAGACUCUGAGAUUGAGUCACUGCAGUUUGUCAGAGAUCAGCUGUGUUUCUCUGGCAUCAGCUCUGAAGUCCAACCCCUCCCAUAUGACAGAGCUGGACCUGAGAGAAAACUACUACUUGAAGGAUUCAGGAAUGAUGCUGCUGCGUGAUUUUCUGGAGAGUCCACACUGUAGACUGGAGACUCUUAGAUUGAUGGACUGCAGUUUGUCAGAGAUCAGCUGUGUUUCUCUGGCGUCUGCACUGAAGUCCAACCCCUCACAUCUGACAGACCUAGACCUGAGUCACAAUAACCUGCAGGAUUCAGGAGUGAAGCUGCUGUGUGAUUUUUUGAAGAGUCCACACUGUAGACUGGAGACUCUAAGAUUGUGCCACUGCAGUUUGUCAGAGGUCAGCUGUGUUUCUCUGGCCUCAGCUCUGAAGUCCAACCCCUUGCAUAUGACAGAGCUGGACCUGAGUGAAAAUGACCUGCAGGAUUCAGGAGUGAUGCUGCUGCGUGAUUUUCUGGAGAGUCCACACUGUAGACUGAAGACUCUGAGAUUGAGUGAGUGCAGUUUAACAGAGAUCAGCUGUGAGUCUCUAGCCUCAGCUCUAAAGUCCAACUCUUCCCAGCUGAGAGAACUGGACCUGAGUGACAACAUGUUGCAGGAUUCAGGGGUGAAGAUGCUGGCUGUUGGAUUGGAGAGUCCAAAGUGUCGACUGGAGACUCUAAAACUGAGUCAUUGCCGCUUGUCAGAGAUCAGCUGUGUUUGUCUGAUCUCAGCUCUGAAGUCCAACCCAUCCCAUCUGAGAGAGCUGGAGCUGACUUACAAUUACCUGCAGGACACAGGAGUGAAGCUGCUGUCUGAUCUUGUGAAGAGUCCACACUACAGACUGGAAACUCUGAGUGCAGUCACACUGACUGUAGUCCAGAUGAGUGAUUUGGAGAAAUUACUUGAACCCUGCUCACCUACACCUGUCAGACAUGAUGGAGCAGAGCCCUCCAUGUCAAAGACAAACCUCGAUGCGUCUGAGGUCAUAAGAGAGGAGAGUGUGAAUGAAGAGGAUCAGCUGUGUCCUGAUGAUCCAGAGAGGUUGAAGCAGCAGCAGCUUGUGUGUGAAGAGGAUCUGAACACAAAUGACACGUUAAGUUUCACACCUGAAAUGCUGACAGAGUCUGGAAAGACUUCAUACAGGUUCAGGUGUCCUGGUCCAGGUGUGUUCCAGUGUGCUUUAACUGGAGUCGUGUUUGUUGUGGCCCAGGAGGCGGAGCUGCUGUACAGCAUUGUCCAAUGGGAUGAGAUCAUCCUCCAGACAGCUGGCAAGAUGGCUGCAGGGCCACUAUUCAAAAUCACGUGUUCAGAGGAUGCUGCUGUCUGUCAGCUCCACCUUCCACACUGUGAAACAAAGGAGGCAUUGCUGAUUAAUGGCCUGUUGUCUGUCGUCCACAUCACUGAUGAUGGAAUGAGCAUCUUGAAGCCGUUGAAGAUUACAGACACUCAUGUGAUUGUGAAGGUCCCUCACCUCUCUGCCUUCGGUCUGAUCUGGGAUUACAUCAAAAGGCUUCUGAACUUCAAACUGCCAAUAACUUGCCAAGUUCUACUGUUCCUCAGACCUCCGAGCAGAAGGCAUCAAGUACUCAAUGUAUUACUGCUGCCCAGCAAUGUCCCUCUGAAUGAGGUUGAAGAGAAACAAAGAGGCGCUGAGUACAUCCCGAUUGCUUCCAACUGUCUCCUUCGCUUUGGUCAAAGUUACAGUUUUCACUGUGAACCUCAGAGCUUCAAAAUACAGCCUGAGUGUGAACAAUUUCGCUCAGAUUAUGGACCAAAUUAUCAUCCGACAUUUGAAGUUUUCCUGACAACGAUCCCAGAGGAAUUAACUUUGAUGGUCCAGGACCAAGGGAGGCAAGAAGUCUGGAAACGUGACGUGGAUCUGAUAGGUUCAAAAAGGGACAUUCCACAGAGUAAUGUCCCAGAAGAGGACAGUGUCCAAGCAGAGGACAACGUCCCAGCAGACAAGUUGCUGUUCUCAGUUCGGGCAGAGUUUGUAAGCAGAGUGUCUGAGCCUAAUCUGAACAAGCUUCUGGAUAAACUCCUUGAGUGUCAUGUUAUAAAUGAUGAAGAAAUGCAGUCAGCCAGAACAAAAGUCAGAGCAGACAAAGCACGACAUGUGAUCGACACGGUGCGAAACAAGGGAACUGAAGCCAGUUCAGUUUUGAUCGCUGCUCUCUGUGAGGUGGAUUCACAUCUUUCCAGAGUGCUGCUGAAAUUAAGCUGAAGAAAAAACAAGAAACUGUGGAGUGCGGUGAUGAAUCUCUACAAGAGCUGACUCUACCACCAGCUCAGUGGCCUAGUGGUAGAGUGUCCGCCCUGAGACUGGGAGGUCGUGGGUUCGAUCCCCAGCCGGGUCAUACCAAAGACUAUAAAAAUGGGACCCAUUGCCUCCCUGCUUGGCACUCAGCAUCAGGGGUUGGAAUUGGGGGGUUAGAUCACCACAUGAUUCCUGAGCGCAGCACCGCUGCUGCUCACCGCUCCCUCAGGGGAUGGGUCAAAUGCGGAGAACAAAUUUCACACACUCAGGUGUGUGGCAAUCAGUGGAACUUUACCUUACCUUUAACUUUACUUCUUGUCAUUUUUGAAUGACAAGUUUUGCCUUUAAAGCCUGUUUCUAUAUUUUUAAAGAUAUUUUUGGGGCUUUUUUGCCUUUAGGGCAGAUAUAGCCCAAAAGAGGGAGAGAGAGUGGGGAUGAAGGUUGGGUUGGAAUCAAACCUGUGGCCACUGCAGAGGACUCAGCCUUUGAAUAUGCGGUGCACACUCUACCAGGUGAGCUAGGGGGUGCCCCAAGCUUUUUUUUUUUCCUAAUAAGUUGACUUUCACUCUGAAAGUAAUGCAGUCAAGUGAAGAGGGAAAACAGGGAGAGGAAAAGGGGACAAAAUAGCCUAUCAGAGUGUUGUCUUUGUUUUUUGCCACUAGAUGGAGGCAGUACUUCACUGAUGGGCAAAGAUGAUGCAGCUGAAGUAUCUGGUAGACGUGAUAAUCAGAAAAAAAAUGAUAAAGAAUUCUAAGUGAAGAUUAUACACUUUUACCACUUGUAUGAAACCACUUAAGCAUCUCAAGCCUGUGGUCACAUAGUGUUUUUCUUUGGCAGUCAGUUCAGUGGCAGGGUGCUUGGUUUAAUGACAUGCUGCAUUUGGCUUUUUUUUCUGACAUCAUGGCAUUAUUGUUAGCUUGAUAGUUAACAUAACGCUACAUUAACAGAGGGUUGACUACACAGUUAACAAGCUUAAAAUGGAAACACAACACCCACCAUCAAUAUUCAGUGUCCAGCCCAUUUGCUCCCACAAAUGGACUUUUCUGUCUUUGCUUUUGUAGUUUCUGACUGACCAACACAUUUUCAUCCCAACUGGUCAAAUACCACCGCUUUGUCAGUGGACAUACAAGUCAGAAUAUGAUGCACUAGGUAGCCUCUUGUGUCAGUUUAAGAUGUUCAGGGACAACAUGUCAAUUUAUGCGUGUUUCAUGCAUUAUGUGUUUUCAAGAGAUACUUUAAUUUUCAUGGGAAAUGUACAGUUUUGCUCAUUACAUGCAUACAGUUUUUUUUUUUUUUUUUUUAAAUAAAGUUACAGCGUAAGUUUAACAGUUUGUUUUUACGUUGAUUUUCUUAGGUUUAGGCAACAAAAGCACAUGUUCAGGUUGAGAAAAACAAAACAAAACAAAAAAAACAUCAUGGUUUGGCUGAACAGUGGGCUCCAGGGUGAAACUCCAGAGCUUGUUUGACCCAUCCACCUCUCCUCCCAUCUGCCCUAUAUGGCCUUUGUAGCUCUUUACAUUACAGUAGUUGCUGAGGGUAUUGCAAACUGCUGCUAACUGGAACAUAUCAGGUUGUCUUUCUGCCUUCAUGUCUGACGCUGACAUCCACUGACAAAAAGCCAGUAUUUGAUGGCUUGUCUUGUUGCCCACCACCCCUAAAACUGACAUGCCUGGUGCGUGUGAUACCACCUGUAAAAGUGCUUCUGAGUGUUGUUCUCUGACACAGAAAUCAGAAAAAAGUAUUUGAUGAGUUGGAAGUGAGAAUGGGCUGGACUGACAUAUCAUACAGCUCAGGACAGACAGCAUCUAAAACAGCAGCAGUGACAACACUAGCACCUUUUUGAAAGGUUCAGAGAUUUUUAACUACAAGUGCUUGGAGUGACCACACAAAAAACCUCUGAAAAUGUUGGGCACUACACUUUCUUUCUAGGCUGUAAAAACGCUCUCCUCAUUUGGGAACAUUUGAAAAAAGAUGCCGGCACUGAGGAA